AUGGCCGCAUUCUUUAGAUUCUGGACACGCCAGGCAGAGGCGCGCCCGUUUGUCACAGUUGCUGCAACCGAAGCCUGCCUCUCGGCGUGCGGCGACCUGCUCGCGCAGACAAUUGCUAUGCACAUAGACUUCAAGGGCGACAGCACGGAUCGCAUGGACGACAAGGAGCGGCCGCAGCGCAAGUACGACUUUGCGCGGACUGCCCGGUUUGUGCUGUUUGCCACCUGCGUAUCGCCGAUUGGCGUUAAAUGGCAUCGGUUUCUAGAUAGGCGGUUCCCGAUCCGCACGCAGACGACAUGGGCGAAGCGGAAAACAGAGCGCGCCCAGGCGGCACGGCAGGUCGGCAAGCGGCUGGUGUUCGACGUGGCUCUGUAUGAGCCCAGCAUGUACUUUUUGUUCUUUGGGUCGAUGGCGCUGCUCGAGGGCGGUGGGCUCGACGAUGCUAAAUUCCGCAUCAGUACGCUGCUGUGGCCGACGUAUCUGACAGGGCUGACCAUAUCACCGAUCAUUCAGUCCGUCAACUUUGCGUUUGUGCCGCUGAUCUACCGCGUACCGUUCGGGAGCUGCUUUGAUAUGUUCUGGGACUCAUAUCUGAGCUGGGUCAACAACGAGAAGCUGGCCAUGAUCAACGAGCGCGGCGGAUACUGA